GGCGCGUUUGGAGAGGUGGUCCAUGCGCGCGCGAUGCUUGCGGGUUCCCUUGGCCGAGCUGGGCUGUUGUCCCAGAAAUCCAAGCCAGAUACAUGGCUGAAAACUCCUUAAAGGAUGCAAGUGCUUUCCCGCCUGUUCUUCACUCUCGUUGUGUUGUGUGUCAGCGGCAUCCUUUACUUCCUGCUGUGCCCACGCCUUUGUAGUUCCCUGUGUUGGCUCAGCUGCCAGCCUAAAGAAAGGAAGGAGGACAGGUUGGCACAGCGUUUUAAAACUGCCCACUUCGAGGGCUACAUCAGCGUUCCAGAUGGAAAGCCCCUGGCUCAAGUGCCCUGCCGCCAAUGUGCCGUGGUGUCCAGUUCCGGGCAGAUGCUGGGCUCCCGUUCGGGGAAAGAGAUCGACGCCAAGGAAUGCGUCCUGCGCAUGAACCAGGCCCCCACCCGGGGCUAUGAGGAAGACGUGGGCAGCCGCAGCACCAUCCGGGUGGUCUCCCACACCAGCAUCCCUUUGCUGCUACGCAACCAGAGCUCCUUCUUCAAGCCAUCCUGCGACACCACCUACAUCAUUUGGGGUCCUCCCCGGCUGAUGAACCGGGAGAAGGUCGGGCUGGUCUAUCGGACCCUGGCGAAGAUCAAGGAGAUGUAUCCGGCUCUGCGCCUCUACACCCUCACCGAGCAAAUGAUGUCCCACUGCGACGAGCUCUUCCAACUGGAGACGGGGAAAAACAGGAUGAAAUCCGGUUCCUUUCUCAGUACCGGCUGGUUCACCAUGGUUUUGGCGAUGGAGUUGUGUGAGCAGAUUUUUGUCUUCGGUAUGGUCAGCGAGAACCAUUGCAAAGAGAAGAACCAACCUCCGGUGCCUUACCACUAUUUUGAGAAGGGGCGACUGGACGAAUGCCGGAUGUACCAGGUCCACGAACGAGCUGCCCGCGGUGGGCACCGUUUCAUCACCGAGAAAGCCAUUUUUUCUCGCUGGGCAAAGAAAAGGAACAUUAUCUUCACUCAUCCAUCGUGGUCUGAUGGGUAGAAGGGGCUUUUUGCGGCCUGGCUGGGCGGAAACUUUUGCCACAGGGCGAAGCUGCAGAAAUUACAGUGUUACAGAAAGUUGGAACUCUUGCACCGAGAGCGACGUUCCCCCGUGAACAAAAUAUCACCGCAUCUUCUUCUCUUAGCUCCCUAUUUUUUAACGUUCUGUCAAGAGACCGCAAAUUGUUUUGGUUUUUAAUUUUCCUCUGUGUGCCUAGUUUUUUGUGGGGUGAUAUUUUUUUUUUUUUGCACACAGAAAAAUAAAAAAAGAAAAAGGAAACUACUCUUAAUGAAAAUGGGAGGCCAGGGGUUCAAGGCUUCCUGUUUUGGGGUGGAUUCCGGAGGCUUGAAUGCAGAAGAAACGGAUGUGGAUGUUUUUGCGUGUUUGCAAACCCUCCUUUAAACUUUAAAUUUUAAAUUUGCAACCCACGAAAGCCUUUGAGAGAGAGAUGACCUCCUAUGUGGAACAUUCCUACCCUGCUUUUAAUUUGGCCAGAUUUGCAAUUCUGGGGGCAGAACCAGAGAAAGGAAAUCCAGCCCUGCUUGCAAAUUCUCUCUUUGGACCCCAGCCAUGAUGUGAGGCUAAGAGAAACAAAAUCCAGACACAUGGAAGAUCGGUCCGGAAGUCAGAAAUGGCGCCGUCGACACGAAGG